CGCAAACGUGGAAAUCUUCCAAGAGCCUUGCUGGGCCCCAGGGCUCAGAGGGUGGCAGAGCGGAGAGCAAAGGUGACCGCAGCCACCCUGGCCCCACAGGCAGCCUGGCUCGGGCUGGGCAGUAGAGCAGAGCUCGGCUGGAGGCGGAGGGGGAAGUGCCCAGGAGGCUGAUGACAUCACCACCCAGCCCUUGAAAGAUGAGCUGUUCCCGCUGCCACUACAGCUCUGGCCUCUGGGCUCCAAGGAGGGGCGGAGACGGUGGGGACAUCAGGCUGCCUCGAAGUACCCAGGGAGUGACUGAAGUGCCCAUGCUGCUUGCUCCGGAGAAGCCCAGGUGUGGCCUCGCUCACAUCCCACUCUGAGUCCGAAUGUUCUCUCCCUGGAAGACACCAAUGUUUUUGUCUGUUCGUGAGGACUCCGUGCCCACCACGGCCUCUUUCAGCGCCGACAUGCUCAAUGUCACCUUGCAAUUGCCAGCUCUUAACGGGACCUUUGCCCAGAGCAAAUGCCCCCAAGUGGAGUGGCUGGGCUGGCUCAACACCAUCCAGGCCCCCUUCCUCUGGGUGCUGUUCGUGCUGGCCACCCUAGAGAACAUCUUUGUCCUCAGCGUCUUCUGCCUGCACAGGAGCAGCUGCACGGUGGCAGAGAUCUACCUGGGGAACCUGGCCGCAGCAGACCUGAUCCUGGCCUGCGGGUUGCCCUUCUGGGCCAUCACCAUCUCCAACAACUUCGACUGGCUCUUUGGGGAGACGCUCUGCCGCGUGGUGAAUGCCAUUACCUCCAUGAACCUGUACAGCAGCAUCUGUUUCCUGAUGCUGGUGAGCAUCGACCGCUACCUGGCCCUGGUGAAAACCAUGUCCAUGGGCCGGAUGCGUGGCGUGCGCUGGGCCAAGCUCUACAGCUUGGUGAUCUGGGCAUGCACGCUGCUCCUGAGCUCACCCAUGCUGGUGUUCCGGACCAUGGAGGAGUACAGUGACGAGGGCCACAACGUCACUGCUUGCGUCAUCAGCUACCCAUCCCUCAUCUGGGAAGUGUUCACCAACAUGCUCCUGAAUAUCGUGGGCUUCCUGCUGCCCCUGAGCGUCAUCACCUUCUGCACGAUGCAGAUCAUGCAGGUGCUGCGGAACAACGAGAUGCAGAAGUUCAAGGAGAUCCAGACAGAGAGGAGGGCCACGGUGCUGGUCCUGGUUGUGCUGCUGUUAUUCGUCAUCUGCUGGCUGCCCUUCCAGGUCAGCACCUUCCUGGACACGCUGCAUCGCCUCGGCAUCCUCGCCAGCUGCCGGGACGAGCACAUCAUUGAUGUAAUCACACAGAUCGCCUCCUUCAUGGCCUACAGCAACAGCUGCCUCAACCCACUGGUGUAUGUGAUUGUGGGCAAGCGCUUCCGAAAGAAGUCUUGGGAGGUGUACCAGGGAGUGUGCCAGAAAGGGGGCUGUAGGUCAGAAUCCAUUCAGAUGGAGAACUCCAUGGGCACACUGCGGACCUCCAUCUCGGUGGAACGCCAGAUUCACAAACUGCAGGACUGGGCAGGGAGCAGACAGUGAGCAAACGCCAGCAGGGCUGCUGUGAAUUUGUGUUAAGGAUUGAGGGACAUUUGCUUUUCAGCAUGGGCCAAGGAAUGCCAUGGGGACAUCCAUGCAUGACCUUGGGAAAUGAGUGGGUGUCUCCAGUAAAACACAGGAGAAUAAUUCCUGCCCUGCCCAAUUUUGCAGGGAGCAUGGCUGUGAGGAUGGGGUGAACUCAUGCACAGCUGAGGACUCCAUAAACACGACAGCAUUACUGUUCUUAUUUGCUGCCACACCUGAGCCAGCCUGCUCCUUCCCAGGAGUGAAGGGGGCCUGGGGACAGGGACAGGAGUGACUGAGCUUCCCUCCCACAUGGUGUCCCUCCCUGCCCCAGCAAGACAACUUGGAUCUCCAGGAGAACCACCAUCCAGCUUUGGUGCAAUGGCUGAGUGCACAAGUGAAUUGUUGCCCUGGGUUUCUUUAAUCCAUUCAGCUAGAACUUUGGAGGACAAUUUCUUGCAUUAAUGAAGGUUAAGCCCUGAGGGGUCCCUGAUAAGAGCCUGGAGACCAGGAUUCUGUGGCACCCCUCACUGAUGGACAAGGUAGUCUGUGCCAAAGAAGAAUCCAAUAAGCACAUAUUGAGCACUUGCUGUAUAAGCAGUAUUGAGCACUGGAGGCAAGAGGGAAGAAAGAGAAGGAGCCAUCUCCAUCUUGAAGGAACUCAAAGACUCGACUGGGAAUGACUGGGCACUGCCACCACCAGAAAGCUGUUAGAUGAGAUGGUUGAGCAGGGUGCUGUGGGUGAUAUGGACAGCAGAAAUGGGGAGCCCAAGGUUCCAGCUCAACCAAUAACUAUUGCACAACCACCUGUCCCUGCCUCAGUUCCCUCUUCUGUAACAUGAAGUCGUUGUGAGGAUUAAAGGCAGUAACAGGUAUAAAAGUACGUUGAAAAGCAAAGGGUGCUAUGUACAUGUGAGGCAUUAUUAUGCACAUGUAACUGCGAUAUGUUUACUAUAAGGAAAAGACACUGAGGUUUAGAAAUAGCUCCGUGGAGCAGAAUCAGUAUUGGGAGCCGGUGGCAGUGUGAAGUACCAGUGUCUGGCACACAGUAGGUGCUCAUUGGCUCCCUUCCACCUGUCCUCCCCACCACCCUGAGCCCCCGACUGCCACACACACAUGAGCAUUUGGGGAGAAGGCCAUGUCUUCAAAGUUUGAUUUGUGAUGAGGCAGAGGAAGAAAUUUCUAAUCGGUCUUGCCCAGAGGAUCACAGUGCUGAGACUCCCACUGCCAAUGGGUACCUGGGGAGGGGGAGAGUGCAGGCCUGCUCAGGGACUGUUCCUCUCUCAGCAACCAAGGGAUUGUUCCUGUCAAUCAAUGGUUUAUUGGAAGGUAUCCCAGUACAAGCCCUAGAAGAGUGUGAGUAGGAAUGGCAAUGGCAUUCACCAUCAGCAGUGCCAGGGCAGCACUCAUUCACUUGAUACAUGAAUAUUUAUUAGCUGGUUGGAGAGCUAGAACCUGGAGGGCUAGAACCUAAAGAAGCUAAAAUCUGGAAAGGCUAUAACCUGGAGAGCUAGAAGCUGGAGGGCUAGAACCUGGAGGGAAAGAACCUGGAAGGCUAGAACCUAGAGAAGCUAAAACCUGGAGAGCUAGAAACUGGAGGGCUAAAACCUGGAGGGCUAGAAUCUAGAGAGCGAGAACCUGGAGAACUAGAACCUGAAGGGCUAGAACCUGAAGGGCUGAUAUCUGGAAGGCUAGAACCUGGAGGGCUAGAACCUGAAUGGCUAGAAUCUGGAGAGCUAGGAUCUGGAGGAUUAGAACCUGAUGUGCUAGAACCUGGAGAGCUGGAACCUGAAGGGCUAGAACUUAGUCUAGAACCUAGAGAGCUAGAACCUGGAGGGCUAGCACCUAGAAGGGCUAGAACCUGGUGGGCUAGAAUGUAGAAGGGCUAGAACCUGGAAAGCUAGAACCUGGAGGGCUAGAAUCUGGAAAGCUAGAAUCUGGAGGGCUAGAACCUGGAGAGCUAGAACCUGGUAGACUAGAACCUGGCAGGCUAGGACCUGGCGGACUAGAACCUGGCGGGCUAGAACUUAGACGGGCUAGAACCUGGAGGGAAAGAACCUGGAGGGUUAGAACCUAGAGAAUGAGAAAAAUUUACAUGGCAAAGAGCCCAUAAAUCCUGACCAAUUCAACUCUGAAUUUUAAAGCAAAAGUGUCAAAAAAAGAUUCCCUCCUUACCCCCAACCCACUCUUUCUUCCCACCACCCACACCCCUCUGCCCCAAUAAAUACCUGGAGAAAGAAAACAGGUGAAAGAAGAAGUAAAAACCAUUUAGUAUUAGAAUGAAGUCAAACUGUGCCAUACAUGAUGAAUGAAGAGAAAAAAAAAAGAGGCUAUGUUUUGUCACACAGGGCAGUCAUUCAUCAGCAGAGCACGUGAUGGUCUGAGACUCUCUUAGAAGCAGAGCUCUAUCCCAAUGGCCAUGUGGGGAUCCACACCUGGUCUGAGGGGCAACUGAGUCUGCAGGAGAAGAGCUGCCCUGUGCAUGGUGUAGAUGCCCUGAUAAAGAACAUCUCCCCUGUGAAAAACUCAAAGAGCUGUUAUGUUGUAAACGGGAAGCAUUUCACAUCCGAAUGAGAAAAUGGAUGAAUCAUGUAAACAUGUGUCUUUUCUGUACUGCAUAAUAAAUGGAUGAGGUUUUUGCAUA